AAAGCUGUCAGCUGUGUGAAGGAGGAAGUUCAGGCUGCAUGUUCCUGCUUGUCACCUAUUUCCCCCACUCCCUCAUGUUUCCUGUCUGUCACGUUGUGAUUCAGCAGGGCUUCUUCAAGCUGCCUGCUCAUGUCUAACUUUACUGCAGCCUGCAGUUGGAUUCUCUUUCUCUCCCCUCCUCCUCCUCCUCCCUCCUCCCUCCUCUGCUCCAGAGUUUGAGGGGGUUAAUCAUUUGCCAGCAGCUGUUGCUCACUUCACAGUUCACAAUGACCCUGCCCCUACAGCGCUGAGGCUGGCGGAGAGGCCGUUACACUGCUAGAUGAGCCGGCGACCUUAGAGGAGUUUUUUCUGCCUAGAGCCACUCCAAAGAAGAGAGUGAGGGGAACUGAACUGAAGAAGAUUGUCUACUGACUGAAGUCCAGAUAGUUGUAUGCUUAUUAAAUCCCCGCCAUAACGACCUCCACGCCUUCUCAGGAAUCGCUCGACCAGACGGAUACAGCCAACCUGAGCAGGACUACAUCCCUGUCCCCUUCGCUCCUCGUCUGCCUUCUCAUGUGACUUCAGAGGGGGCAAAGGGCACGGCGAGCACAAACAGCUUGUCAACAGAGAUCACACACACGCGUUAAGAUGCUGCUGAGGAGGAGGCUGCUGCUCGGCCUGUUGUCCGUCUGCUCCCUGCUGUUUUUCUACAUCCUGUGUGUUAACGUGCAGAGGCCUUGGCCCUCGUCCCUGAAGCCUCUCAAACGCCUCACAGUCUUCACUCUGGGAGAGAGCAGAAACUCACAGGACUCCGAGGAGCCUCUUUACAACGACAGAGAGAGCAACAGGGAAAACAACUGGUUGCCCAAUCCCGCCUCCACCAUGACACCUGGAGCCCAACAGACUCCCUCACCCCAAGACACCAAACACAAACCAGCAGGCGACAACAAUGUCCCGGGUGUGUUAAAGUCCGACGAUGGCGCAGGUGAACCAGGUCAACCAGGGUCAACCAGGGUCAGUAUUAAAGGCAGAACAACAGUGCCUCCCUACAUCGGAGACAGCUACAUGACAGAGGACUUCCCACUACAAACACACUGCCCGGAUAGCAUCAGAAGGCGGGUCGCUCAAACUGAAUUUAGGGAGGAGUUUCUGAAAAACGUUCCGGUCCUGCAGUGGGCCCAACACGUCACUCCUGAGAACCACCUUCGCCUGAGCAAGUACCCAGGAUCCCACGGGUGGGGCGAAAUGGAUUACCCGACGCUGGUGGAAACUCUUUCCGUCCUCAACUCUUCUGCUAACUGGCAGAUGUUUGACGACUGGAAGGACCGCAGUAAGAACUCCGAGUGUAUCCGCUGUGCUGUGGUGGGGAACGGGGGGAUCCUGAAUAACUCAAAGAAAGGGGAGGAGAUCGACAGUCACCACUAUGUCUUCAGGACCAACGGGGCCAUCACUAAAGGCUUUGAGCAGGACGUGGGGUCUCGGACCACCCACUACACGUUCUCCACCAACACCCUGAAGAACUCCUACGGGAACUACAGACGUUUUGGUUACACAGGACCCCCCCUGUCUAAGGAAACGCGAUACAUUUUCCUGCCGGAUCAUGAUCGUGAUUACCUCAUGGUGAAGGCCGUAGCGAAACACACUCUCGUGGAGAGAGGGAAAGAGCAGGGGAAAGAUCCGACCAAGUUCUUUGGAGAGGACGUGUCUAUAGAAAAGUUGAAGAUGUAUCACCCUGACUUCAUCCGUUACAUCAGAAACAGAUUCCUCCCUUCUAAUACUCGGAGAAGAAAUUAUCCGAGACUGUACCGUCCAUCCACAGGAGCUGUGAUGCUGCUGGCUGCACUGCACACCUGUGACAAGGUGAGUGCGUACGGCUUCAUGACCCCAGACUACAUCAAGUACUCAGACCACUACUACGACCCAGUCUACUCCCGGGUGCAUUUCUACGCCAACCACGACAUGCAGCUGGAGAAGGUCGUCUGGCAGCAGCUGCAUCAGGCGGGCCUCAUGCGUCUCUUCAUGCGCGAGUGAUUUGAGUGAGCGCAGGUCGACCAGAGAUGACGUCAUCGUCUCUCUUCUGUCUGCACAGGAGAUUUCCAGCAUUCGACCAUGCUGACAGGAAAUCCCAGAGAGGGCCCCGCCCUGCCUGCCCCGCCUCCAGAUGACAGACCAUCGCUCUCUGAACUCAGCAAAACACACGUUUUCUGUUCCUUUUCCUAUGACAGCUGCUGUGUGGGCUGUGCUCAUUAGCAAAAAUAAUUGCAAUCAUCUGAAACUUCAAAUUUGGUACAAAUAUUCAGGGUCCUUCAGAGGAGGAGUACGGAGGACUUUGGUGAUCUGCCGAUUCCUCAUCCUUCCUUGGUUUUAUUUAGUCCUUUGUUUACAGCUUGCAUUGACAUACUGUAUCCUUGCAGAACAAUAUCAUGCGACCCCUGUCAUUGUGAACCUUAUCAGCUGCUACAAACUAAAAUAUGACCUGACCUGUCGUCACAACAAAAGCUGCAGCCGGGUUGACCUCUGACCUCCAAAUCGCCAUAACUGCUGUUUACCGUGAUGCCUUUGUGAGCAAAUCACACAAUCGGUUAAGGGCGGCUUCUCGGUGUUGCAGCGCGCUAUAAAGGGACGAGACUUCAAUUGCCACUUUCUUAAGACAUCCUGUCUCCUCACUCUAAAUAGACGGUCAGAGCGCUGCUGGCAGUGGCCCAAGUCUUACGUCUUCUCUCUCUGUGUUUAUGUGUGUGGGUAUGUUUAAUGGUGAGUGUGACUGUAACGCUCAAUCCAGUGUGUUUAGGGUAAGGGAGUUAACUUAUUUGUUCUUUUUUUUAAGUAUUUUUAAAGCACACAAGUGUACUUUAUUGGGGACAGGUGCCACACUGUGAUGAUUACAACUCUGUGGCUUUCGGUGCCUUUAAAAAAAAAUAAAAAUGUGAAUCAGCGGUUUGGAUGAAUGAUUGUGUGUCUAAGGUGGACAGAGCCGCUCAACAGGAACUCCUCCGAGCUGCGAUGGUGAAAAAAUCAGAGUUCAUCAGGAUUAAAUGUCAAGCCAGAUGUGCCGUCUGUAUGAUCACACAAGUUUUUUUAUGUACAGCCAACAAACUGAAGGUCGAAACCAAAGACACACAACAAAUCAGGGAUCAUGUGUUUAAAAAAAUGUAUGUUUUUGUUUUAUAUAUCGAAGCAGACAGAGUGAUUCAGUCAUCUGUAAUACUGCGUCAUGUAUUUACAAAGUGUACCAGGGGAGCGGGAGACCUUUAAAGUGCAAUUUCUGAAUCUGAUUUUUUUUACAAUCCUGUAUAAAAAUAAUCUGUGAUUUU